AUGUAUUUUGAGAUUGAAAACACCCCAGAACAUAUUAGAAAAUCUAGACGGACUGAAACGGUCAUAAAGAAGUCCCCAAAAGAAGAGCACCCUCGACUUAUUUUAGCACCAUUUUCAAAACCUGCAAAAGUGGUAUUUGAGGAUGUUCCCAUUGGAACUUCUUGUGAAAGAACUUUAGAGGUGUUCAAUCCAUCCAAACAAGUACAACAGAUAACCUUAGGUCGUGCUCUGCCUGCUGGACUCAUUUUACAUUUACCAGAAGAAUGGUUGGUGUUGGAACCAGAGACAUGUUAUUGUUUGACAUUGUUAUGGACACCAAUUCAACCUCUUGCUCUUAGAGAUACGAUACGGUUUGUCAGUGAAAAUCGUGGACGCUAUGAUGUUAUAGUGGUACUGAAAACAGGAUUUAAUGUUAAAGGCAAAGGAAAACAUUCAAAAGUUUCGAAGAUAUCACCAGGAAAAAUUGAAAAGAAAUCUUUUAAAAGGUCACCUGUUGGUGUAUGUAAAAAGAAAGCUGAAACUAUUUAUAAUUCCACAAAGAAUCAAAAGAUAGUAAAGUCUUUCCAAACAACACAACACAUCCUUAAACCUUCAAACAAAGAUAAUAUCUCAACAAACAGUAACUAUUCAUUAAAUUCACAAUACAAUAAAUGUCCAUUUGACUCCCCAGCCAGUAUUGACUUCAAUUUUGACACAUCUGAAAUUUUUUCUAACAUGAGGCAACUUAAAUCUGAGAAGUAUUUGCAAAAUACUUAUGACAAAUGCCCAAAUGUAACUGAAACGCAAAAUGUAUUAAAACCAUGUAAUAAGCAGUCGAUUGAUGUAUCGGCUACUGAUUUAUUUGAUAAUCUGACAUUUACACCAUUAAAAACUAUUCCAGCAAAAAAUGACAAUUUGAAUAAAGGUCCUAAAAUCAUAAUAAGUAUGAAUUCUGAUAGUGAUUUUGAUGAUAGCUUAAACGUAAAGAAUUCUAACAAGGAGAAUGAAACUCAUUCCAUUAUUAGCAUAACGUCAACACAACCUCCUAACAAAUGGGUGGUUGUAAAUCAUCAAACUCAAAUUGAUAAACAAUACACUGAAAUGUGUGCACUCCAAACUAAAAAGAUUCCUAAUACAUCGUCACCAAAAGAAUUAAAUAGCCCUAAUUUCUCAAUCAAUACGGAAUUGUCACGGAUAAGUGACCUCUCGUUUUUUCCUCAAAGAUUCUCUACUGAAAGAAAAGGACUACCAAGACUCAACAAUGACACACAUGAUAUUGACGAAGCUAAUAUUAAACUUAGCUCUGAUACAUACACAAAAUACUCCCCAAAUACUCCAAUAGAUUUCCAAAUGUAUACCGUGGAAUCUAAACCACCUCAUUAUUUCACGAGAGAACAGCAGCCUAAAAUGUGUAGACAAGCAUUAUUCAAAGAAUAUUAUCAACAAAGAGAGAUUCGUGAUCGGAAUCAAAUACAAACUAACGAUUUACAAAAUUGGCAAAAUGAUACAAAAUCACUAUCACGGCCAAAUUCACCAACGCCUCUUCAGUCGAUACCCGAAGAAAGCACACAGAAUACCGAUACACAGCUACAUGAUAAAACUGAUAAAAUGUCAACUUUUACUAUUAAUCGUACAUUUGAUAGAGAUUACUCUGAACGACCUUCGAUGUCAGCAACAAGCAGGCAAUCGUGGUCUAAAAAAUCAGUUCGCGCAGAACCGGAAUUAUGGAAAGUACCUGCAAGUUUAGCAAAAAAACCCAAGCCUAGUCUAAAAGCACUUAAACCCAAGCCUAGUCUAAAAGCAAGAGAUUCAUUUGGUAGUCGGGCAUCGAGUACUUUUGAAGUUAACAAUAAAAGCGUCAACCAAAACACUUCUCUCUCAAAUCACAUUGGAAAUGUUUAUUCUCAAUCAUUCACCUUAGACCCAUUCCUUUCAACAACAUAUUUCUAUGAUGAAGAAGCAGUAUGUAAGUUUGAGAAAGAAUUCAAAAGAUGGCUAAAUUGCAUACUGACCCCUCCAGCCGAUCUCGAAAGUAAUGUCGAGCAAAAAGUCGAUGUCGGUAAAGCUUGGCUUGAAAACCGAAAUAAAGAAGUUCCUUUGGCCCCUACAAAGGAGCAAGUAUGCAGUGUCUACCAUAACAGUCAUAGAUUGAAAAGCCUGCGACGAGCAGCAAGGGCUUUAUUGAUGAGUCCAGAGAUCUCUUUAGUCUUUCUAAAGUUAAAUGCUCAAAUAGAAAAGAAAUUAAUAGCUAUUCGAAUUGACAGAAAUCUGCACUUAGAUGUGGGACUUCAAAAAAUAAUUAUGGAAUUAUUAUUAUCUUAUAAUCCGCUUUGGCUUCGUAUCGGAUUAGAAGCAAUUUAUGGAAUCAUUUUACCUUUAAAGUCUAACAGUGACAUAGAAGGAAUUACAACUUUUAUCAUCCAAAGAAUGUUUAAGAAUCCAUUUUUAAAAAAUAAACAUUCAAAGUCGAAUGUACCAAAUAUGCUCUUACCUGCUUAUAUGGAAGCUAUUAAGAAGUUUACAUUGAAGAAAUUUUUGAUGCUUGUCUUUUUUUUGGAUCAAGCUAAGCAACGGAAAUUAAUACCCCACGAUCCCUGUUUGUUCUGCAGGAAUGCUGUGUGUAAGGAGAGUAGGGACAUACUUAUACGAUUUACACGGGAACUGAUUGCUGGUAUUGGUGAUAUUACAAAACACUUACGUCCACUUGGUUACAUAGUUUGCCAUAAACAAUCGUACCUAGAUGAAUAUAAAUAUGCUGUAAAUAAUAUUGCUAUUGAUCUUAGAGACGGAGUGCGGUUAUCAAAAGUAAUGGAAAUUAUAUUGAUGAAAAAUGGAUUAUUACAUCAACUUCGAACUCCUGCAAUUUCGCGACUACAAAAAAUUCACAACGUACAAGUGGCGCUAAAUGCUUUAAAAGAAGCUAACUUUGUGAUAGUAGGUGAUAUUACUGCUCACGAUAUUGCAGAUGGCCACAGGGAGAAAACUUUGUCUCUUUUAUGGCAACUAAUACACGUAUUCCGCGCACCGCUGUUUGAAAAAGCAGCUGGUGUGAUCCAAAUGUGGUGGAAAAAGAAAUACCAAGUUAUUAUAGAGAAGCGGAAGGUAGAGGAACAGUUAAGGGAACGUUUAAGUACUUCUGCAAUUAUUAUACAGCGGUGGUGGAGACGAAUUCAAUACGAUCGCUUGGUUGAAUGGCAAAUGCAACAAGUCACAAAAGCAACUAUUGUUAUACAGAAAUAUAUACGCAGAUGGUUAUUUAGAAGACAUUAUCUUAACAUGAAAAAGAGCGUGUUGAAGAUUGAAGUAUGGUACAAAUCAAUGAAAAUGAUUGAAGAAGCAAAGAAAUAUCUCGACGAAUUAAAAACGGAACACGAAAAUCUAAGGCAGAGAUCAGCAAUAGUUAUUCAGAGCUAUGUACGCCGAUGGCUGUGCAUGAGACGGUUCAGGUCCACUUUGAAGAAAGUAGUACUAAUGCAGUCAUUAUCGCGAAGAUUUUUGGUUAGGAAAGAAUUCUUACUUUUGAAAAAAUAUACAAUAUUGAUUCAACAGAAAUACAGAAGUAAGUUGUUGAUGAAAUUAGAGAUGAAUAGUUUGGCAGAAAAAAAGAGAAGCGCUAUAAUAAUUCAAAAAUACUGGAGAAUGCUGAAAGAAUAUAGAAAUUAUAAAAAAUAUAAACAAGCCGUAAACAUAAUUCAGACACAGUAUAGAGCUUUUAUAAAAAUGAGGCAAGAUCGAAUCUAUUACACUGUUUUGAAAAAUAGCGUUGUUAUUGUUCAAUCUUUAUAUCGACGUAGAAAAGCUUGUAAAGAAUAUGCAAGGCAAAGAGAGAUUAUUGUUAAACUGCAAAGAAGAAUUCGAGCGCGUCAACUUAUGAAAAAAGAAAGAAUAAACUUUCUGAAAAUGAAAACUGCUGCCUCUAUUAUACAGUCACGAUUUAGAGCUUAUUUAAGAAUGAAAUUAAUAAGAAACUCAUACAUAAUGAAACGAAACGCCACCAGAACUAUUCAAAAUUACUUCCGUGCAUAUCUUUGCGCAAAAUCCCAUAGAGAAUAUUAUAUCAACCUUCGGAAUUCCGUAUUGGUGAUACAAAAGCAUUAUAGAAACGUUAUACUAAUGCGAAAACAAAGGGCUGCAUUUUUGAUGCUAAGGCGUGCAGUCCUAUGUAUUCAAAGGCGUUACAGGGCUCGAGUAUUAACUAUACAGUGUAAACUUUCUUAUCAGAAAUUACGUUUUGCUACUGUUGCUAUACAACGCAGAUUUAUAGCGCUUCUUGAAAUGAGGAAAGAAAGAUCAAGGUUCUUAAAAUUAAAAUCAGCUUGUAUUGGUAUUCAGAAAAAAUAUAGAGCUCUACUUGCUGGUAGGCGAGUGAGAGAACAUUUCGUCCUCAAAAAACAAGCUGCCAUUAAAAUCCAAAAUUGGUUCAGAAGUAGCUUUGAAACUAAAAAAGUAAAGCAGCAAUAUCAGCAAUCGAAGAAUGCAUGCAUUACUAUUCAAAGAAUUUAUAGAGCCUAUUUUAUUGGGCGAAAAGAAAGACAAGAAUACUUGCGAAUAAGAACAUCAGUUUUACGCAUUCAGACAUAUUACCGAUGUUAUAUCGAGAUGAAAAUUGUUAGACAACAAUAUCUUCAACUUAGAACUGCUACAGUAACAAUUCAAAGGUACUAUAAAUCCUAUAUAGAAAUGAAAAAAGAAAGGUCGUCUUACUUGAAAAUUAAAACAUCCGUAUGUCUCAUUGAAAAUUAUUACAAACGUUAUAAAGAAACUCAAAGAAUCUGUCAACAAUACUAUCGACUUCGCGAGUGCACAUUGUUUAUACAGCGGCGAUACCGAAGUAAGUGUUUAAUGAGACGCGACCGGGAACAGUUUAUAGAAUUGCGAAAAGCUAUCAUUUAUAUCCAGAACAAAUUUAGAGCGUUACGGGAAAUGAAAAAGCAAAAGGAUUUCUUUGAAAAGUUGCGACAGGCCUCUAUAGUUAUUCAGAGGGCUGUAAGAGCACACAUGCUGAUGAAACAAGAUAGAAAUAGGUAUUUAGAAACUUUGAAAGCAUGCACACUUAUACAGACCUAUUACCGAUCUUAUAGAGCAGGAAAGAUUCAAAGAGAAAAAUUCUUACAAGUGAAACAAUCUUGUAUUGUAUUGCAACAGAGAUACAGAGCAUUGUUAAUGAUGCGUAAAGAGCGAAAGCGUUAUUUGGAAUUACGAAAAGCGACGCUGAUUAUACAACAAAGAUUCAGAGCCCACCGUCUUAUGGUCCAAGAGAGAACGACAUACUUAAAAAUUUUAAAAGCAUGCAUCGUCAUUCAAAAUGCAUACAAAUCAACCCUUGCAUGUAGAAAACAAAUGCUGAAAUAUAAAGAAAUGAAAUCUGCCGCAAUAUGUAUACAAAGAUAUUACAGAUGCCUAAAAGAGACAAGGACCAUUCGUAACAGAUAUUUAGCUUUGAAAAAGACUGCACUGUUUAUUCAAUACAAAUUUAGGGCUAACAAAAUCGCUCGUGAGGCACGACGGAAUCGAGCUGCUUCUAAAAUACAGAUAUGGUAUAGAUCCAAUCAAAAACGGAUUGAAUAUCGAAAUAGUUUUUUGUGCUUAAGAACUAGCGCUAUUAAAAUACAAUCUGUUUUUCGCAUGUAUACUAUACGGAAGAGAUUUAUUGCUAUAAAACAUGCUACUUUAACCAUUCAAAGAUUCUAUAGAUUAUAUAAACUGACUACGACUAUUAGACUACAGUAUAUUAAUACAGUGAAAGCCAUUAUAAAGUUGCAAGCUUUUAUUCGGAGUCGCAUUGCAAACAAAAGAUUUUUAAGGGUGAGAAAUGCGGCGUUGACCAUACAAGCGGCAUAUAGAUUAAAGAAGCAUAAUGACAUCCUUAAGGCCAGAAGAGAAACAGCUGCAAUUUGUAUCCAAAAGAACGUUCGCAAAUAUCUUGUCCAGUCUCGGUAUCACCAAUACCGAAAGAGAAUCAUAUAUGUGCAGAAAUUAUGGAGAUAUAAGCUACUCACAAGACUGAUGCGGUGUGAAUUCUUGCAAAAGAGAAAUUCAAUAAUAAAAUUACAAGCGAUCAUAAGAGGAUAUUUGAUAAGAAAACAAGUUCAACUAAAAAGGGAGAGUCUUUCGAAAAUUAAAGAAGCCAAGAAACGGUACUGGGCGGCUUCGAAAAUUCAAGCUUUAUUCCGCGGCCAUAAAGCUCGUAUGAAUGUAAGGGGAGAUAGGCGUGUGACGGAACUACGACGCAGAUGGCGUGAAGGAGCUUUGAAUUCUAAUCAGGAGUCUAUGAAGGAACGUAAUGAAGAAGCUAUGGAAGUCCUUCGUAAUAUAUCCGAUAUAGAAACGGUGAUCAGAGCAUUUAGAUCUUUGGAAUUAUUGACCGAGGUAUUUCCAAUGAUGUACCAUGACAAUGCAUCGUCUAUUGUGACUCGAGUCUACAUCUAUAUGUCAGUCACCAACAGAUCAAUAUCAAGCAUUGAAGUACUCAAAUCUGCAGCGUCUGUACUUGUUAAUUUAACCAGGUACAGGAUUACGGGCCCUAAAAUAUAUGCGAGAGAUCGAAUUCCUCCUAUUCUGAAGUUUAUGUGGAGGUUCAGUAAUAGCGAGACACACUUAUUCUGUAUAUUAUCAACUUACAUUUGGUUGUUUUCUAAAUACGACGAUGUAAAGAAGGUAAUUUAUUUUUCAUGGGUGUAUGUAUACUUGUUUUUUUUUUAAUUUUGUACUAACAAUAUUAUUUACUAUUUCAUAGGAUCUUACUGAAUUCUUACACAUGCCUGAGAAUCAUAAAAUAUUGACGACCAUAAAAGGUAAUGUGGGUAGAAUGAAAAGAAUGGCAUCCAAUUCAUCAAGGAACAAAUUUCACACGCCACAACCUUCAAAGACGAUUUCCCACACUAGCAAUAUGUCAUUGAUCCAAAGCUUUUGCAGUAUAAGUGGUAACUUCAGUACUAUUAUAUAUCCUGCUCUCGAACCUGACUAUGGGAUUGUAAGAGUUGAUAAACCACGAUACUUUGAAGAUGCCCAACAAGCGAUAAGUUGCCUCUUUGAAACGUAUAAAUUGUAAGUGUAGAUUGACUGGAUAGCAGUAACAUUUAACGUACUGAAGCUUAGAUUAUACUAUGUCCCGAUACCGUGUUUACACACAAAUCAAGUCAAGAAACCAUAGUUUGCUUAAAGUUCUUUAAUAUAUUUUUUUAUGAAUUCU